AUAAACUUUAAGGUUAAUUGAGUCACUGUAAGCAAUAAAUUGUCUAUAGUUCAUGCAAUCGUCAAUAGAUGGCGCCACAUAUCAACACUGUAUUUAUAUGUAGAAAUAAAUAAAUAAAAACUAUUGGAAAAUGAUGUUAGUGGGUGUAAAUGUAGCUUAAAAGUGUUAAGAGGGCUCAAAAAAGGGGGGCCCACUUUGAGGGGGCCUCAAAAAAUGACUCAAAAACUACCAGCUAACUUCACUAUAUAAAAUCAGAAAAAUUCUCACUUGUAUUAUCAGUGGCGUGUCUUCGGGACAAGUCGCUAGGGCCUCCGCCCUGUAUUUCGGAUCUCGGGCGAACAAACCCGAGUGGAACAUCGGGGUGUAGCACAACUGGGCCCCGUAUUUACGACUGAGCAUGCGCCAAGCCAAUUCACUCGCGUCCACCAUGGGGGCGACUAUUUUUACGGGAGCCCCAAGAGUAUUUUGCCAGAAAUCCAUCUUUUGUUUACUAUAAUAUUUUAUGUGAGGUUAUGUUGACAAUGCACUGACAUUUAAACCAAAAGUGAACUCAAUUUUAGACAAAGACAGCUAUAGUGUAGUACAUAAUUACCGUUCAAGGUUAAAUUUAAAUCAAUAAUAAUAUAAAAAUGGGGCCGCACUCAUCUACAAUAAUUAUCUUAUCAAAUAGAUAACAGAAAUAAUGUACAAGAAAAUUGUGACGCUACUGAUUUUUUGGGGCUGUUUUUUGGGGGGGGACGCGUUUAGAGAAUUUGGAAUUAAUUUCCAAGGGGCGGACGGCCUCGUUGGAUCGGUGGAAGUCGUUUUCCGAUGCUGUGGUGACGCAUUUUUACCUGCCGGAUGACGUCAUCUUCGGUUCGGUUGUGUUCGAGGCUUACGAGGAGGACUGGUCGAUUUUCGGUUGCUCAACAAGAAACGUCUCCGUUUACCUAAAAUUGGGCGCCCCCCCUCCCAUCAACCCUGACAGCGCCCCCUUCCCCGCCGAAUUCAAACCAAUCCCAAGGCCUCCUACACACAUGCGCCAUUUUGAAACCAACCGUCAACCCGCUUACGUCAAUUUGACAGCUCCCGAACCCGGAAUCUAUUACGCCGCCAUUUUCUUGUCUUACCAGGAUCCUAGGUAUCAGAAAAUAUCACAACAAGGCUUGACCCAAUCAUGUCGCGCAUAUGUGGACUAUUCAGUUUACGUGCUCAGAAUUAGACCUCAAAUAGUAACGGAUCAGAAACCAAUAAGCGUUCUGAGUCAUUUUAAUAAGACUCGGUACUUUGUUUUUGUAGUACCAAAUGACUCAAAUAAUGUCAAAAUUGACUUCAGUAAUUUGACAGCUGUCACUUUAAGAGUGGCUCAGAAAAAACCUCCAACCAAAACUAGUUUUUUGGUUCAGACACGCUCAAGUACUACUAUUCAAGUAGUACCUGGUACUAUGUAUUAUUUGAGUGUUGAUUUUUAUGACUCAGGAAAUAUUUCUGAGUUUACUUUUAUGUUGCGGUACUUUUCGAGUGGUUCCGAGCCUUCGUACAGGACUUUGGUACGAGAAAGUACCGCUGAAAGUUUUACGUAUUCCUACAAGUUGGAUGCGGAGUUGGGUACCAAUAUUGCGGUACCAAUCAAUGUCACUGAGAAACAGUUUGUGGUACUUAAGUUUAGUUUACAUGAAAGUACAGAUAUUGGUGGUACCUUGCAGUACAUUUUAGCAUUUAAGCCACGCAUCAAGCGGCAAAACAAUCAAAUAUUGAUUCAAAAAGAACCAGAGGAUUUUGUAAUUGUGGGUUGCCUACAAAAAAAUCAGGUAGCGGUACCAAGUUGGCCCAAAAAUUGCGUCACUGGUACCACCUCAACUGAGGCCCCAUUGAUUUUAAACAGUACCAUUACAAACUCAACUUUGCUGGUACCUUAUCCUGAAACUGGUACUUGGUUUGCUUCGUUUAGGCUUUUUUGUAAAAAUGGCUCAGAAGCGAAAAGUGACUCAGAAGCUAAAAAAUACUCGGAAACUAAAAGUGACUCAGAAGCUAAAAAUGACUCAGAAGCGAAAAUUGACUCAGAAGCGAAAAAUGACUCAGAAGCGAAAAAUUACUCACACUGUCAAUCGGCUGUCAUUUUUGACGUUAGUUCGAGGCCUUGUUACUAUGGAGAUUGCGGCAAACAAGGCCGUUGCGGCAUUAUGGUUUCUGAGGGUCUGGCCUAUUCGACUUGCCUUUGCACUAAUAAUUAUAGAGGUUUUGACUGUUCAGAUGGUUCCUUGGCUACUCCGUACUACCUGGUACUACUCGAAUUUCUACUCUUGAUUCUGAGCAACGUAUUUUUUUUGCCUGUAGCGUUUGUUGCCUACAAGCGCCAUUUUUAUGUAGAAAGUCUGAUUUUUGGCUCAGUGUUUCUGAGUUCGACGUUUUACCAUGCGUGCGACUCAGGAGAAAAUAUUCUGAGUUUUUGCGUUUUCCGAUUGGGUGCUUUGCAAUUUGCUGAUUUUUUUACGGCAAUAGUCGCAAUUUGGUUAACAUUACUGACUAUUGCUGACCUUCAUUUACCGGUACUACAAAUGAGUGGUACCAUUGUAAUAGCUUUUUGUGUCACUUUGAACCGAUAUGCCUUGUGGCUAUUUGCUUUGCCUUUUUUUAUAGGAAUUUUAAUAGUCGGUAUAAGUUGGUACCUGAAGUACCGCAAGUACCAUUGGAAGUUUAUUCAACAAAAAGCCUAUUUGCGGUAUAAAUUGCCUUUGGGUAGUACCAUAGUGAUUCUAGGCUUGAUAAUUUAUGGUUUAUUGCAAACUCAUAAUAAUUACAAGUACUUGCACUCCUUAUGGCACGGUACCAUGGCCAUAGGGGCGUUAUUGGUACUACCCACCAGAGGUGCUUUUUUCAAUGGUGAAAGUACCCAAACUUCUAGUACCAUUGAAGUAUAAGCGUAAAUUAUAUAAGAAUGAAUAAAUUAUUUAUUAAUCGAUGAA